UGCCCGCUUUGGCACUUCACUAUAUAGACUGAAGAGUCUUUCUUUAACACCCACCGCCGCACAAAGGCAGAGGGUGUUUGGAAAGCACGGUGGGGCAGCUAAACGUUUGAAGACUGUGAAGCAAAAAGGUCAAAAUGUUUAUAUUAUUUUUGAAAAGGGAGGUGCUGAGAUCUCCUUUCCGCCUGAUUGGCCGAACUUGACAGUGAUUGACGUGCAUCCAUGGCAACCGGGCAGCCAAUCUGCCAAGUCCAAUAGGAAAUCAUCGGAGGGGGCUUGACUGUCUUUUUCUCCCCCCUUAAAAAAUACAUCUCGGCUCCGGCUUUAAUUCUUUCGUACCUUCAAUCCCAGCCUUGCUUGAAAAAUACAUCGCGGCUCCGGCUUUAAUUUUCUUGCACCUUCAGCCCUUUGCCAGCCAAGUUUGCCAAGCCCGAGGAUGCGGUAGCCGGCCCCCACGCAGCAUCGUUCCUCCUCCGCGGCGGUUGGUGUUUGCGUUUUUUCCACGGCUGGUCAGACGAUUGGUGCGGUAACUUUGGGAUUGCCUUUAUUUUUUGGGGUGUCUUGGAUUGCCUUGGCGCACGGAAAGAAGAAGCGGAGGACUCGACGCGGAGGAGAGAGAGGAGAGAAAGGAGGGGGAGAGGGAAACACAGGAGAAGCCUCCAUGUUUCAGCUGCCCAUCUUGAAUUUCAGCCCCCAGCAGGUCGCCGGGGUCUGCGAGACUCUGGAGGAGAGCGGGGACGUCGAGCGUCUCGGCCGCUUCCUCUGGUCGCUGCCCGUAGCACCGGCGGCCUGCGAGGUCCUCAACAAGAACGAGUCGGUGCUGAGGGCCCGGGCCGUCGUAGCCUUCCACACCGGCAAUUUCCGUGAACUCUACCACAUCCUGGAGAACCACAAGUUCACCAAAGAGUCGCACACGAAGCUGCAGGCGCUGUGGCUCGAAGCACACUACCAGGAGGCUGAGAAGCUGCGGGGACGCCCGCUGGGGCCGGUGGACAAAUACAGGGUGCGGAAGAAGUUCCCCUUACCCAGAACCAUCUGGGAUGGAGAGCAGAAAACCCACUGCUUCAAAGAGAGAACCCGGCACUUGUUAAGAGAAUGGUAUUUGCAGGAUCCCUACCCGAAUCCCAGUAAAAAGAGGGAGCUUGCACAGGCUACUGGACUUACACCCACACAAGUAGGAAACUGGUUCAAAAAUCGCAGACAAAGAGACAGAGCAGCGGCUGCGAAGAACAGGCUCCAGCAGCAGGUCCUGUCCGGCGGCUCGGUUCGCUCCCUGGCGGACGAGGACGGCACCGUGGACCGCCUGGGGAACUCGUCCAGUCCUGAGGCCAGUCUGUCCAGCAAAGCAGCCGCCUCGGCCAUCUCCAUCACCUCCAGCGACAGUGAAUGUGACAUCUGACGGGCAGAUCGAGGGUGUUGAUGAAUUAAAAGGGGGAUACGAGUGAAAGACAAUCUAAUAAAAACAAGUCAUAGUGCCUGCGUUGAGUUAAAAACACACACAUACACACACACGUACACACACAUACAAACUGAUAUUUGACGGCUGCCAAAACAUGAGGGGAUCUGAUCUGACUGUCCGUCCUUAUCCUUAUAGGCCUAUACUUUUGUUUGCGUUUUACCCACGUGUGGAUAACUGAACUUAAUAAGGACCAAACAUAUUUCACGGACUAAUAAACCAACGCCCCGAGACGAAACGUUAAAAAAAGAAAAAAAAAAGGAAAAUGGAUGAAGGCGCCUAACCUGCUGUUCUCUGUGGGUAUUUCAUGUUGAAAAAGAACUGUGAUAUUUUUACUUUACUUUCAAAGUUUUAUAAAUAAUGUUUAUUUGCCUAUUUAAAACGAUCUGCUCUGUCUCUUCGAAUUUCAUAUUCAUUUGCUUGGUGUUUUUAAUACUUACCUUGUACACAGGUGAACCUGUUGAGCAUGCGCGCUUUAGUGAAAAUGUGUUUCCGUAAAAGAAAAAAAAAAAAGUAAAGAUAACUUAAUAAAAUAAUUGUUGAU